CUCAGAUCCAAGGAAGAUUGUACAGAUAAGUCUGCCGCGAUUACUGACGUGUCUGAUCCGCACCAUGCUUUAGCAUUCUGCCUUCAUAAUGACUUUUAAUUAAGCCUUCAGAAAGUGUUUCCGGCGAAUUGACAAGGCGAGCACAACACACACAGGCAUCUAAAAGCGGAUUUUUUGGUGCUUUUUAGUCAAGCUUAAAUAAGUAGUUUUGAAUGAACUCCAACUGUUUACCUCCCACUCAGCAAAUGCUGCCCACAUAUUAGUUCUCACUGGUUAAGGCAGUGCGGGCUGGCAUAAAGGAGUGAAUGCGCAGGCUGGUUAAUGUGCUUAUAAACAGCUUUUCUCCAUUAGACAGCAGGGUGGGACUGUUGAAUAACAUUCAGAUAGACUACCUGGGGAAACAGAGGCAAACAUGGCAGAUGAUAUGGCGCAUUUGAACAGAAUCUACACAGUAAAAUCCGCUGUGUUAAUUAAGCUGUGUUAAUCUGCAUUUACUCAAAAUGAGUUAAUUUUACAAGAAACGGUGAAAGACACCCCCUUGUGUUGGUGAAAAUGAUCAGAGUUGUAUUCUACGUCGUUAACUUUGCUCUGUUAAGCUCCGCCCCUCAAUCUACCCCCUGCAGAGAACGUGUUGGAGUUUUGUCGGCGCCAUUUUCUGCUCCCUCGUGCGUAUAGUUUUGUACUGUGAACUCUCUGAAGAAGGCGUUAACGUUAGGCUACAUUUAGCCUCGAAGUUUUGCUUUCAAGAGCAACUCUGCAAUGUUCCAGGUAACUGUUAGUUUCUGUGCAUAUAAGGCUCUAGAGAUCACAUUAGCAUGCUGGUAAAGGUGAAAUUUGGGGAUGCACAAAAGUUUGUUAAAAUAGCCCAUCUGAACCUGGAGGACUUUUUGUCUGCAGCCUUUUUGAAGUUUGGGGUUCCAAAUGUACCUGAGAACGUGAAGGUUGUGGAUGAAUCUGGGACUGAGGUGGAUGGUGAUGUUUUUGAGGAGUUAAUCAAAGAUCCCUCCGUUGGCGUUCUCACCAUAAAACAUGGUGCAGAUUUGGAACCGGCCUCUCCACAAUCAUCUUCUAUGCAUUUAGAUCAGUCUCUGUCUUCAUCCAUUGACUCCCUUGACUAUCAGGAUACAGUCAUUAUUGAAGAAGGCCCUGACAGUAAGCGAAUGAAGCUGGAUGAUGAAGCAAAAAAGCUGGUGCAAUCUGUUCUCGUCAAGAAACCUGGAGGCGAGAGUAUAAUAAAUGAGUAUAACAGAACAAAGGCUUUGAAGGAUGAAACGAGGAGAAAAAUGGUUAAUAUCCUGGCAGCUGAUAUGACCGAAAAAAAUGGAGGGUCCCCACCAAGGCUGGUCAAAGAAAAAUAUGCCAGAGGAAUCGUGGCUUUGUUCCCUUACCUCAGUGACCCCUAUUCCAAAAAUGGCUUUGAGCAUUACUAUGAUGGUGAGAGUGGCACCGGAUAUUUGGCAUGGAGAAUCAAAACUAUUCAGAGAAACCUGGCUAAAGAACGACGAGGAUCAUUUGAAGGUCAAGUGUCGUAUGCUGAGCGGGGAUCCGGUGGACCAACUGUAGCAAGGCAUUCAAAGUUUACUCCAGAGAUUGUCCUUAGUGAGGAUGAAUGCAAGGAAGCAAUUGCAUUCAUGAACCAUUCUGCUGAUGAGGAUGCCAUCAAGAAGAAAAUGAAACUGACAUUUGACUAUCGUCGUAAGAUGGUUCUUGAUCCCAUGCAGUCCAGUGAUCUAUUGACAAUUUUUCCUCGUUUCAAGGACAUUAAAGGCUUGAUUGAGCAAGACUUUGUUCUGAUGUUUGGAGAAGGAGUGUCAGGCAAGCUGCUAGAGAAGUGGACAACAGCAUUCAAGAAAAAAGUCAUUCAGCAGUGCAAAAGACUUCCUGCAACCAGCGAUUUACAGGAACUUUUGCUAGCAGCAGAAUCUCUUCGUGAUGACACUGAAGAAGAUGUUCAUAUUGUUUGGGACAGCGACCUUGCUUCAGUACUACUACUGUUGCAUCUGAUUCCACCAUCUGCUCAAGGCCGGAAGAGACCAGGGAAAGUUUCUGCUUCUCAAGCAGAAAAUCAUCUUGUUGUCUUCAAGAAGAGUGGAACAAACAUCGAGGAGCAUCUGCAAGACAUCUCUGCGAGCGCUCAGCCCUAUCUCCUGGCUGUAGGUCCUCAGAAGGAUUCAAUUCACCAGUUCUUCAUCAUCCUUGAUCAGCAUGCCAUUCCAUGCAAGUCCACCUCUUCUCUUGGUGCCUUUGAUGAACUGUUUAAGGCACAUUAUGUUUUUGGCACCUCUUACAACACCAUGCUGCACAACAUGUACACUUUCAUUCAAACCACUGUGUACAACAUAGAUGUUGGGAAAGUGAAAGAAAGUCCUCGUGUUGCUGAGGUUAGGGCAAGGCUGCUUAACUAGGUGCCUAAAGUUCCAGUGCACUCAUGAAGUGUUUUGUUUGUGAGACGGAAUUAAAUGGUUCAAAAUUGCUUGUUAGGCACUUCAGAUUUGUUCAUGGUUUGGUUCCUGGAAAGAGCCUUCGACUUAAAUGUGUAGAGGCAGGAUGCGGUUCUGAGUUUGGUACCUUCUCAGGUUUUAGAAAACAUUUGAAUAUAAAACAUCCUGAACAAUGUGAACAGAGUUGUGACCCUAGUGGCAUCUGUGAGACAGAGGAAGAAAAUAGUGCUGCAAUGUUCCACCAGAGUGACAGUGCUGAAGAUGUGGCCACAACAUCUGUAAUGUUAAAGUCUAAUAAGAACACUUUAGAUAUGUGUGCGUCUGCUGUUGCACAACUUAAAGUUGCUGGUUUAAGUCAGUCUGCAAUAAAUGGUUUUGUUUCAUCUA